CAGGCCUGGCUCUCACUUAGCCCUCGGCCGCCGCGCCGGGUUCUGCCUCCUGCAACGAAACGACCUGUGUGUCAGCCUCAUCCUCCCCGGAGAGGAAGUUAGAAUGUCCGCGCCUGGCCGGGCCACGUGGCUCGACGUGGCUGAUGCCUGAGGAACCCCCUUGAAGGCCGAAGCCUGAGAGCGGAAGUGACGUCAGCGGGCGCCGGCUCCGCCGCGUAGUGUCAAGUGCCUUCCUCAUGGUGCACCUCUCCCCGCCUAGGGUGGAUUCUGCGUGCGGGGUCUCCCAGUGGUGGCAGCUGGGUGGCAGCGGACCCCCAUAAAGGGACCAGGCCGGCUUCGCUGGCGUGCCUAGGGCCGCGCAUCCUUCCCGGCUCUCGGGUCCGAGAGGCGCCGGGGGGCGCUGGGUCAGGAAGUGUGGCCGGGGCGCGCCCUCCGGUGCUUUCUUCCGCGGCGCUCCUCUUUUCCAAAGCCUGCGAAGCAGUCUUUCCGAAAUCGUUUCCCAGAGGGAAGAGAAUUUCCGCGAUUUAGUAACGUUGGCUCCAGACUCAGUGCCCACUCUCCUGACGGAUUGGCAUUCUGGCGAGUUCAGGCUUUCUUCUGUCUAGGGGCCCAGUCUGCCUUCUUCAAGAAAAGAGUAAGACAGAAAGCAUGGUGGCAGACUGUCUGACAAAUUGUUAUCAGAACUUGGUGACCUUUGAGGAUGUGGCUGUGGAUUUCACCCAAGAGGAAUGGAUUCUAUUGGAUCAAAUGCACAGAGACCUGUACAGAGAUGUGAUGCUAGAGAACUACCAGAACCUGGCCUCAGUAGGAUGUGAGCCCAUUAAACCUAGUCUCAUCUACUGGUUGGAACAAGAAGAGGAUCUGUGGACUGUGCAGAGUGGAGAUCUCCAAGAAUGGAAAAUGCUACUUAACACCAAAGAGGCAACACUUCAGCAGGAUUUUUUGAGGGGACACACUUCCAGUGGGAUACAAACAGCAGGACACCACAGUGCAGGGGAACUUUGUGACUAUAUGCUGUGUGGAGAAAUCUUCAGUGAACACUCAUAUUUCAAGACUCACAUGAAAACUCAAAAUACAAGGAAAGCAGGGCAUUUUACUCACUCUACAAGUCCUGCCGUGCCUGUUCAAAUGCGCACAAUGAAAAACAAUGCAUGUAAGGUUUGUGGAAAAGUCUUCAGACGUUCUUCAAACCUUAAUAGGCACAUGCGAACCCAUACUGGGGAGAAACCCUUUAAAUGUAAGGAAUGUAGGAAGCCCUUCACUACUUACUCACGGCUAAUGGAACAUUUCAGAAUUCAUACUGGAGAAAAACCCUAUAAAUGUAAGGAAUGUGGAAAAGCCUUCACUAAGCGCUCAGGCCUUACCACACAUGAACCAACACAUGCUUCAGAGAAGCCCUAUGAAUGUAACGAAUGUGGGAAAGCCUUCGCUUCAUCCUCACGCCUUACUCAACAUGUAAGAACUCACAGUGGCGAGAGACCCUAUAUAUGUAAGGAAUGUGGAAGAGCCUUCCUCACUUCCUCAUAUCUACGUAACCACAUAAGAAGAACUCACAGUGGGGAGAAACCCUAUAUAUGUAGGGAAUGUGGAAAAGCCUUUCAUUCUUCCUCAUACCUACGUAGACAUGUAAGAACUCACAGUGGUGAGAGACCCUAUAUUUGUAAAGAGUGUGGAAAAGCCUUCCUUAAUUCUUCAUACCUACAUAAUCAUGUAAGAAAAACUCAUAGUGGAGAGAUACCCUUUAUAUGUGGUGAAUGUGGUAAAGUCUUUCAUGCGUCCUCAUACCUACGUAGACAUGUAAGAACUCACAGUGGAGAGAGACCCUAUAUAUGUAAGGAAUGUGGGAAAGCCUUCCUCAAUUCCUCAUACCUACGUAAACAUCUAAUCAUUCACACUGGAAAGAAACCCUAUGAAUGUAAGGAAUGUGGGAAAGCCUACAAUAGAUGCAAUCUAUUACUUGACCAUUUAAAAACUCACAUGGUGGAAAAGCCAUUUGAAUGUAAUGUAUGUGGAAAAUCCUUUCAGUAUUUCUCUUAUCUUACCAAGCACAUUCGUAUUCACACUGGAGUAAAACCCUAUAAGUGUAAGUACUGUGGGAAAGCCUUCACCACUUCUUCAAGCCGAACUGAGCAUGUAAGAACUCACACUGGGGAAAGGCCUUAUGAAUGUAAGGAAUGUGGGAAAUCCUUCAGUUCAUCCUCAAACCUAAUUCAUCAUGUGAAAAUUCACACAACAGAGAAACCCUUUAAGGUCAGGAAUGUGGGAAAGCCUACAGUAAGUUUUACCUACUAACUGAACAUUUAAUAACUCACACUGAAAAGAAACCCUUUCAAUGGGAGGAAUACAAAAAAAUCCCUUAAGAUUCUUCACAUUGUAAGGAAGGAAAUAUAAAAUCUUUCACUAAUUCCCAGAAAGUUACUAAAUGUGAGACUUUGCAAUAGAAGGAAGAACUUCUGAUGUAAAAUAUAUGGGAAGGUUGUAGUUCUGUAAAUAUGUUGGUCUUCACUUGUGUCAUCAUAGUGGAGAAAACUUUAUGAAGGAAAAGACUGUUGGAAAGUCAACCUUUAGCAAACAUGAUUCAGAUCCAAGAGAAAUUUAAUAUAGGGGUUUGGGGUCCCCUUAUCUUGAAAUCUAGUGCACCAACAGACACCACUGUCUGAAUGGUUCUGGUUUAUUUCAAACGUUUGUGAUUCUACCUUGAUCAUUCUGGAGUGAUAUGUCUUUCCUUUCCUCCAUAGCAAUACUAUUUCAUUUCAGUCAUUUCAGUUGCUACAACUUCUGGAUAGCCACCAGGUAAAAGUGGGUCUUUGGGAUACAAACGAUACUAUUUUAGCAGUAUAGAAUCUUUCCUAGGUUUGUCAUGCUUUUUUUUUUUUUUUUUGUACCAGGGAUUGAACUCGGGUGUUUAACCAGUGAACCACAUCCCCAGCCCUUUUUAUUUUGAGACAGGGUCUCACUGAAUUGCUUAGGACCUUGCUAAAUUGCUGAGGUUGGCCUUGAACUUGUGAUUUUCCUGCCUCAGCUUCCUAAGCUGCUAGGACAGGCACGCAUGACCAUACCUGGCUUGUCAUGCUCUUAAACAGGCUAAAUCUUGGGAGUGCAAGUACUAUGAGAAAGCCUUUUUCACUUUAACACAUUUAAUGUUGUUAAAUGCCCUUGUUCUCUUAUACCUGAUCCUUUCAGAUAAAAGGUGAGAGUGCAAGAAAAGUGAGUAGAGAAAGGAUGAGUGGUAUAUAAUUACUAGUGUGAGAGACCUCAAUUUCAUGACCAUGCAGAGAGAGAGAGAGACCCCUUGAACCCCUUGAGAAUGGAAGUUCCUAUAACAUUGGCAGUGCAGGGAGUGAGGGAGAGGCCUGAGUGUUGUCUUUAAUCUGUGCAUCUGUUACAUAGCCUGCAAAGCACUUAUAAAUGCCUGAGUUAGCAACAGCUUGGACUGGCAGUACAAACUGCUUCUGGAUUUGUCCUUUGAUGCACAUGGAAACAGAAAAACUGAACAUAACUGGUGUCAUGUUCUACUGUGCUCGAAACCAUCAUGGUUCUGAAUGUGGCCCUUGGGUGCAGCCUCUCAGACCAGCACAAUCAGGUUUCAGCCUGAGUGAUCCAAAUUUAAAGUUUGAGCAACUUUGGGUUCUAUCAUGUGUAGCCAUCAGAACUCAGCCCCUUGAUGGCUGCCAUCAGGCCUGCAGCCCUUUCUUUGGCUUUCAAUCCAGCCGUUGUAGAGGUAUUCCAAAUCAUGCUAAACAAUAAAUCCUGAACAGAAGAGACCUGUGCACUUUCAUGUUCCAUGUGUUUCUUGUGAGGAGUGGUAAUGAAAUGGUUCUCUUGUGGGUGUGAUUAUUACUGUUAAGCCCAACUAUUAUUGCCAUUACCUGUUGGCAAUUGACAAUAAAGGUGAUCAUAUCAAUUGGGCUGCCUUGUGUGGGUGGUUAUGGCUCAUGAAUUUGCCUUGGAUGCCAUCCUUACUGUGUGAAAUGAGACCAAUAGGUACCUCUGGAACUUGUUCACAGUUGCCUGAUGAUGAACACAUGUGGGUGAUGAGUGAAAUCACUAGUGCAGUUUGGCCUCGUCCUUCCCCUUGUCUCCAAGUGACAGUAUCAUUAAUAAAUGACAGUAUAGUGUUCACAGCCCAGACAUUGCCCUGCCUGAGAAACUCACUGCUGGUGACCUUGCCACUGGAGAGGACUUCCUCCUGUGCACUAGAGAUGAGUUCAAAUUCACCAGAACCUUCUUGGUAGCAAUGUCCGUGCGCUAGUGCUCCUCAGGUACAAAUCGCACACAAAAUAUUUGCUUUUCUUACUUUGAUAUUUGGGGUUUGAUUGUGUGCCCGAGCUUGCUGUCAGCUUAGCCUGUGAUCCUGGUAUAAUGUCAGCCAAAACAUACAGCUCUAUACCCCAUACCUUUAGGAAAAUCUGAUAGAAGUUACUGCUACCUCUUAGAGAGGUUACUAUCUACAUUUCUGAAAGUUGACAAAACUUUUUCUGGUUUCCCAGGAGGCAGCUGCUGUCAAUUAAUGCAGUGACACCAAAGGGGAGUCCACUAUCUUCCCAGUUAAUUCUGCUGAUCAUGUUUUCCAUGUUGAUCUGACUCCUUCCCCUUGGUUUCAAAACCAUUUAUCUCUACUUAGAAUUUGCUAAUGUUUGAAUUCAUACACUCACAACAGUAUAAUUCCAGGCCUUCCAUCUUGAUCACUGUCAAAUUCAUACUAUUAUCAUACUUUUUACAAUCUGCAGAAAUAUUAUUGAUCUUACAACAUUUCAGGUCUAUUUUCUUGAAUAAUGCCAUAGUUAUCUGAGAACUUUGUUGUGGCCAGGCCCACAAGUACUGUACAUACUUAUUACAAGUACUGCAAUAUUUCACCUUUUCUUUCUUUCCUUUCUUUGUCCUUUUUUUAAAACCCCUUUCCUCCCUUCUGAUUGAACCAGGGGCGAUCUCACUGAGCUACAUCACCAAUCUUUUUUUAUUUUUAUUUUGAGACAGUCUUGCUAGAUUGCUGAGGAUGGCCUCAAACUUACAAAUCCUGUUCCAGUCUCCAGAAUUACUACCAUGCCUGGCAUUUUUCUCCUUAUCAGUGAAAAAUCUCUUGACGUUGUCCCAGAGUUGUUUAGUGUAACAUCAGACCAUCUGAGGACCAUGUAUUGUAUUUCCUGUAUAUUGGGAUGUACUGAAAUUCUGGGGGUCUGGGCAGAGACUGCCCCUCCAAAUGUGCUAAGUUAUUCCUCAAUAUAGUAAACAACAUACAUGUAUUUCAUAUUCAAACCAACCAUCAAAAGGCCAAAUUCUCAGCUACUUGCUUUGUCUAACUAAUAUAUAAAGUCAGUAUUUCCCCUGCCAAAAAUCAACACAGGGAAAGGCUUAAGACAAAUAGUAAUAUUUCCUAUGCCUUUACCCAUGAGAAUUAUUCAAACUUGAUCCUAAACUUUUUCAUGCCCUGCUUUGCCUUUGUGGUGAAAACUCCAAUAAAUGCUAAGACAGAUGCUUUCUUCUUGCUUAUCUGUCUCCUGAUCAACUCUCUCUCUUCCCCUUGUAGGCCUGUGCGGCCUCUGCUGUGCCCUUUUUGUUAGUACUAGGAGUAAAAACAUAGUCACUGGAGCCUCUUUCUGUACUCAGUCAUCUUUAUGAAUCCACAAACUUAAAUCAAUCAUUUCUUGGCCUUUCUUCAUAGCUUUUAAUACCUCACAGCAAGAUGUUACCUUUCUUAGGUAAAUUUUGCACUGUGUGAGAGCUAUAUAUACUAGGCUGGUGUUGUCUAUGUCACUAAAGUAUAUCCUCAGCCUUUGUAAUUUUUUUAUUACAACAUUGCAGGAGGGGGAAAAA